AUGGCCAAAAUGGAUGUAAAAUCAGCCUUCCGACUGAUACCGGUACGCCCGGCGGAGUGGAAUCUCCUCGGCUAUCAGUGGAACGGUGAGUUUUACUUUGAUGUAGUGUUGCCUUUCGGGUGUAGGGCAUCGCCGUACGUGUUCGAGCAAUUCGCUGGCGCAAUCCACUGGAUCGUGUCGAACCGCACCGGUCUAGUCAGCAUGCUCCACUACGUCGACGACUACUUCUCUGCUGGAAAACCUGGAAGUAAUCAGUGCGGCACAUUGAUGUCCACCAUGACUCAGACGUGCAGUGAACUCGGGGUCCCUUUGGCACAAGACAAGACGGAAGGGCCCGCGACUCAGCUGACGUUCCUGGGCAUCCGGCUAGAUUCUGUCCGACAAACCCUUAGCCUCCCCGACGAUAAACGUCAGAUUAUCGAAGAAGCGCUGGAAGAAUGGAGCAACCGUGACCACUGCACCAAGCAGCAGCUCCAAAGCCUUAUCGGAACACUCACGUUUGCCACCAAAUGCGUCCCAGCGAGCAGCUUAUUUACUCGACGCAUGAUCGCCCUGCUAACCGACAACUACCACGAAAGGCUCAUCGCUCUCAACGGUGAAUUCCGUAAGGAUCUGGAAUGGUGGAAAGAAUUCCUCCCAGCCUGGAACGGCACCGCGUCCUUCAUCCAGCCGGACUGGACAAGAUCUGACGUCCUGGACCUUUACACAAACGCGUCUGGUACUCUCGGGCUUGGUGCAUAUUUUCAUGGGUCAUGGUUCCAACUGCGCUGGCCACCGUGGAUUAUCCAGCGGAAGCCAUGCAUCGAGUACCUCGAGCUGAUACCGAUACUCCUCAGCCUAAUUGUUUGGGGCUCUAAGCUGCAAAGAAAGCGGAUCAUCUUCCACUGCGACAACGAAGGCGCCACCCUGGCCUGGGAGAAUCUACGCUCAACCAACGUUGGCGUGUUAGAUCUCAUGCGCCGCAUGUUAAAAGCCGCUGCCUGCGCUAAUAUGACUUUUACUAUAAAGCAUAUACGCGGCGUUAAUAACGCGAUUGCUGACACCCUAUCUCGUUUUCAGCGAAGCAGAUUCCGAGCGCUUGCACCAACAGCGUCGGAACGUCCGGAUCCAUGCCCGGACAUCUUCCCGCAGCUUCUAAUAGCAUACAGCGCACACGCGGCCUAA